AAUAGUCUAGCUAACUUGACGUUGGCGGAAGAGAGUGACUGUACCGGCGAUUACGGAACUAGCUGGUUAGCCAGAAUCAAAUAAAUAAAGGAUUAAUAUCGAGUCGCCUCCCGUGAAAGUCCGUAACACCGUCCACAAUGUCUCGGCAAUCCAACCGCACAUCUGACAGCAAGAAGAUGAACUCUGAGCUGUUCACACUGACUUAUGGGGCCCUGGUCACUCAGCUUUGUAAAGACUAUGAGAAUGACGAGGAAGUCAAUAAACAACUGGACAAGAUGGGUUAUAACAUCGGAGUACGUCUCAUUGAAGACUUCCUGGCACGCUCCACCAUCGGCAGGUGUCAGGAUUUCCGGGAAACAGCCGAUGUCAUUGCUAAGGUUGCCUUUAAGAUGUACCUGGGAAUCACGCCCAGUGUGACCAACUGGAGUCCGGCAGGAGAUGAAUUUUCCCUCAUCUUAGAGAAUAACCCAUUGGUAGAUUUUGUGGAGCUGCCAGAUAACCACAACACGCUGAUUUACUCCAACCUGCUGUGUGGAGUUCUCAGAGGAGCUCUGGAGAUGGUCCAGAUGGCGGUGGAUGUGAGAUUUGCCCAGGACACUCUGAGAGGAGACAACGUUACAGAAAUCCGCAUGAAGUUUAUUAAAAGGAUUGAAGAGAAUCUCCCAGCGGGAGACGAGUAAUGGUAAUGAAGGAGAAGUUAUUCAAGGAACACAUUCACUUACAGACUGAAAGGAUGAAUAAACCAAGCUCAAAACAUCAAGCUGAGUGGCACAUUUCAACAGUAUCUUAACUUGGUUCCUUUUAAAAUUCUGCAUAGUGUGAGAGUUGUAGCUCUCACAUUAAAAGGAAGGAAUCAAGUUUGAUAUUAUGACACUCCCCAAUUUCAAGUAUCUUCAUCUCUCAUUCUUUCUUUGUUGUUGCAAGAAGAAUGCCAGGAGUCAGAAGAGACUAUUGAGAUUCAUCCCAGAGAAACGAAACACUGUACACACAACACAAAAUCAUAACAUGGCUCUACUUUACAUAUUUUAUGGAUGACAUAAUGUUUUUUUUCUGUAUCCGUGGUCCAAUUUGAGACUUUCUCCCUUAUGACAGCAGGCGAUGUAGAGGGGUAAUAGAAUGUUACGGACCAUUUAUCUGUCACCAUCCCACAUGGGAAGUCACUUGUUUUUCAUUUGAUGUUCUAAUUUACAUCCUGCCGUGUCAAAAGAUGGAUGUAUUCACUUGACCAUGUGUCGGCUGUUGUCUGUCUUUGUGGUGGAAAGCCCUAACUUGUAAUGUUUGACUUUUUUUUUUUUUCUUCCCCCGUCUUCUUUUUUUAAAUGAAAUCACAAUCUAUAUCGCUGCCAGUUGUCUGGCAUGUUAAUUUAUGUAGAUGCAUACGUCAAAUAAAUUCUUCAUAUUUGA